GCGGGGGCCUAUCGCGGUAUUCAUACCUUUGGCGACUCCAAUAUUUGAUCAAUUACCAAGCAUCCAUGCAUCUUCCCAGCUCAUCACCUACUGGACAUUGAACCGCAUUGCUUGGAGCCCCUUCGAGAAACAAAUCGCUUGUCUGAUCUUUGAGCCUUUCUGAAUCCUCGGCCGAGUUCAAAAUGGGAAGCGUGGAAAUCCAGCCAUUUCAGACAACUUUUGCUGUGCCGCUGCACUGCGAUUCCUGUGUGCAGGAUGUGACAGGUGCAUUGGAGAAAGUACAAGGCAUCACCAAGAUCGAAGCCAAUCUUAAAGACCAGCUUUUUUACAUUGAAGGAACGGCUCCUCCCUCAUCAAUCGUAUCAGCCAUCGAAUCUACGGGACGAGAUGCCAUCUUACGGGGCAGUGGGAGAUCCAACUCUGCCGGAGUGUGCAUUCUGGAAACUCAUGCAAGAGCCGUGUCAGAUCCUGUCCGUGGACUUGCACGAAUGGUCCAAGUCUCGGACAAUCGGACCCUGGUCGACCUGACGUUACGUGGGGUGUCACCAGGAACAUAUCAUGCCACGAUAAGGGCCACAGGUGAUAUCUCACAUGGGGCAGCCUCGACGGGUGCCAUCUGGGAAGCCGUCAAGGAACUAGCGGGCUUCAGACAGCCUCGCGGAAUGUUUGGCACGGUGGAGGUAGACAAGGAUGGACGAGGCAGCGCGUUCCUGGAUCGACCGGUGUCAAUCUGGGAGAUUAUCGGUCGCAGCAUGGUGGUGUCGAAACAACAACCAGAGGGAGCGUUUCAGACCGAAGAUCCAGAUACCCUAGUCGGGGUCAUUGCUCGCAGUGCCGGAGUGUGGGACAAUGACAAGACCGUGUGCAGCUGUUCGGGGAAGACGGUAUGGGAGGAGCGAAAAGAGCAGGUUGAAAAGGGGAUGCUAUGAUCUGUCAGUUGUACGGAGUACGAGGUACUUGAGCCUGCAUCGACGAUAAGCAUGGCACAAUAGAAAGGGAAAAAAAUUCAAAGGGAAAAAAAAUCCACAAUAACACUCUGCAAUGCAAUGCAUCUUGUAAGGAGUAG